UUGUCUGUUGGCAAUGGAUUACUGGGUGGAUGGCGUGAUGGCCAGUCGAUAGUCGACUUUCUCUUAGGACACGGAUUAGUGACUACCGAUUGGUACGCGAAGAAAAUAGAGGCCUGUUGUGAGUGUACGGCCGGUAUUCAACACGAGUGUGACUUUGAUAAAGCCCCCAAUAAAACUAAAUGUGAAUCCAUUCCUAUGGCUAUGAUGUCAACUCCUAAUCCAUACAAUAUUUACGACGAGUGUGUGCCUGAUCUGGACGUCCAAAACCUGUUCAAUACAUACCAUAAGCAACAGUUUGAGAAGAUUGGCGUCAAUUUUUCAAUCAGUGAUGGAUUUAAACAAAACGCUAAACCCAAGUGUCCAAAGAAUGGUCACACGCCUUACCUCAACGACCCGGCCGUACAAAAAGCACUGCACAUAAGGGAAGGUGGAGUGCGUUGGGGCGCCUGUCGAGGGAUUUACGAUCGGACGCACGGAUACACAUCCCAAGAGAAGAUCGUUUACGAUUUGAUCCACAAUUACAAAAUCGGUCGUUUUGUCGUAUAUAACGGCGACACCGAUACCACGUGUGACUUUAUAUCAGACCAACGCUUUAUAGACGGCGUCGCCGUUUCAACGCAAAGCAAAAAACUUGAAAAUUAUCGAAUUUGGAGAGAAGACGGAAAACCCGACGGAAGGAUCGGUGGAUUUGUUCAGCACUACGAGAAUGGCCUGAGCUUUGUCUUAGCCCGUGGGGCCGGACAUAUGGUGCCCGAAGAUAAGCCCGAAGCUGGGCUUCAGAUAUUUAAGCAUUUGCUCGGAUUGGCUAAACUA